AACUCGUGGACGUUGACACAGAGGAUUCAGUCGAUCACCUCGUAAGCGGACGGUGAAGGUUACCUGCUUCAACAGUGCUUGAACGGCAACCUUUCUAACUGUCUCCGAACACAACAGGACGGGACCAACCGAUCUUAUCUCAAUUCCAUCCAGAAACAUCUCAUCACUUUUGAAAAACAACGCUCCUUCAAGCGCCAGCCUGCAACGUAAACACGUUUAGCUUGACAGCUAGCGAACUGUUUUGCCAACACAAGCCACCGUUUUUCGGCCUCCUCGCGAGAAAAGACCCGCCACUGACAUUUGAACCAUGGCUUCCCAAGUGAGACAGAACUUCAACCAGGAGUGCGAGGCUGCAAUCAACAGGCAGAUCAACCUGGAGCUGUAUGCCUCCUACGUCUACCUGUCCAUGAGUUUCUACUUCGAUCGGGAUGACCAGGCAUUGCACAACUUCGCCAAGUUCUUCAGUCACCAGUCACAGGAGGAGCGUGAGCACGCUGAGAAGUUGAUGAAAGUGCAGAACCAGAGGGGAGGAAGGAUCUUCCUGCAAGACGUCAGGAAGCCAGAGAGAGAUGAGUGGGGCAGUGGGGUCGAGGCUCUUGAAUCUGCCCUGCAGCUUGAGAAGAGUGUGAACCAGUCACUGCUGGACAUGCACAAGCUCGCCUCCACCCACAAUGACCCACAUUUGUGCGACUUCAUCGAGACGCACUACCUGGACGAGCAGGUGAAGUCCAUCAAAGAACUGGCAGACUGGGUGACCAACCUGCGCCGCAUGGGUGCUCCUUCCAACGGCAUGGCCGAGUACUUGUUUGACAAGCACACCCUGGGCAAAGAAAGCAGCUAAAUCCGCCCCAUGAGCACUAAAGCUUCUUCAUUUGUAUAUUCGUUUCUCGCUUGGAAAUAUUUUAAAACUCUAAAGCCAUCUGCAUGGUAGUUGUUGUAGUUGUCAUUUGAGCUACUAUUGCUCAUGUCAUUGCCAUUCUCUCCAAAUUCUACUAGAAAACCCCAAGAGCUUUUAUAUUAAUAUCCCAUUACUGCACCUAGCAUACUCUAUCGGCUACGUUCCUGUUUUUGCUAUGUUUUUGCUGUGUUUAAAACCAGGAGCUGUCACUCGUAUCAAAUAAACCGAACCCUCUGGAUUCUGA